CCCCCAUGCUGCUCGGGGCGUCCUGGCUGUGCGCGUCCAAGGCGGCCGCCGCUGCUGCGCAGAGCGAGGGCGACGACGACAGGCCCGGCGGGAGGCGGCGGCGGGUGGUGGCAGGCGAGGCCAUGGACGAGUCGUCGCUGCUGGAUCUGCUGGAGUGCUCUGUGUGCCUGGAGCGCCUGGACACCACGGCCAAGGUGCUGCCGUGUCAGCAUACCUUCUGCCGCCGCUGUCUGGAAAGCAUCGUGUGCUCGCGCCACGAGCUGCGCUGCCCCGAGUGCCGCAUCUUGGUGGGCUGCAGCGUGGACGAGCUGCCCGCCAAUAUCCUGCUGGUGCGCCUGCUGGACGGCAUCCGUCAGCGGCCCCGCGCCGGCGCCAGCCCGGGGGGCAGCCCGCCCGCGCGUCCGGGGCCCGGCGCAGGGGCGGCCUCGGGGCCGGCGGGCGGCGCGGGCCGCGCAGCGGGCAGCGACCCCGGCUCUCCCGUCUUCAUCCCUACGGCGGCAGGCAGUGCCACAGCCAGCCUGCGCGAGCUGGCGACCAGCAGGAGCGCGCCCGUGGCAAAGGAUCUUCCCCAGCUUCCCUGCAGCAAAGCCCUGCACAGCCAUGAGGGAAGGGAGCCUGGCGACCUCAAGUUCAGCCAGGGGGAUGUCAUCGUCCUGCGGCACAGGGUGGACGAGCGCUGGUACCACGGGGAGCUGCAGGGUGCGCACGGCCUCCUGCCCGCCAGCUACAUCCAGUGUGUGCGGCCCCUGCCCCAGGCCCCGCCCCAGGGCAAAGCACUUUAUGAUUUUGAGAUGAAGGACAAAGACCAGGACAAGGACUGUCUGACCUUCACCAAGGAUGAAGUCCUGACCGUGAUCAGAAGAGUGGAUGACAACUGGGCGGAGGGGAUGCUGGGGGACAAGAUCGGGAUCUUCCCGCUCCUGUACGUGGAGCUCAACGACUCUGCCAAGCAGCUUAUUGAGAUGGACAAGCCGUGCCCAGCCACUGGGUCUGGCUGCCACACCUCCUCACCUCCUGACCCUGGUGCGGUGGCCAGCAUGGCCCCAGGUCCCACUCUGAGCAGCUCAGGGGCUGUCAGUGCCUUUCAGCGGCGUGUGGAUGGCAAGAAGAAUGCCAAGAAACGCCACUCCUUCACCGCACUCAGUGUGACGCACAAAUCCUCACAGGCCACCAGCCACAGACACUCCAUGGAGAUUAGUGCCCCAGUGCUGAUCAGCUCCAGCGACCCCCGAGCCGCAGCCAGAAUUGGGGAGCUGGCCCACCUGUCCUGCAGUGCUCCUGUCCAGGGCUCCUGCUCCUCAGCCGGAUCUUCCCCAGCGGUUGAACAGCAGGGCACAGCUCUCAAAGUCCAGCUGCCCCUCAACGUGUACCUUGCACUCUAUGCCUAUAAGCCCCAGAAGAGCGACGAGCUGGAGCUGCGCAGGGGUGAGACGUACCGCGUCCUUGAGAAGUGCCAGGAUGGCUGGUUCAAGGGCGCGUCCUUGAGGACCGGGCUUUCUGGGGUGUUCCCGGGCAACUACGUGACGCCUGUCUCCAGGGUUCCUGCAGGAGGCCCCACGCUGCCCCGGAAUAACGUGGCUGCAGGGUCUCCACUGGCCAAAGGGAUCGCCACAACCAUUCACCCAGGUGGUGGGAGUCUGAGCAGCCCGGCACCUGCCAUGAGACCCGCCCUUCCCCUCAGCACAGCCCAGUCCCCUCACCAGGCAGCUUCUCCUGCAAUGGGCACUUGUCUGCGGCACUCAGCCCAGCCAGCAGCCGGCCAGGCCCACAGUGCUAUCCCCACAGCUGCCCACGCCUCAGCUCAGGCUCAGGAUCGACCAACAGCCACAGUGUCGCCUCUGCGCACCCAGAACUCCCCAUCCCGCCUGCCCACCACCAGCCUCAGGCCCCACUCGGUGGUGUCCCCACAGCACGUCCACCAGCCCCUGGUGCACCUGGCCACCGGGACCCUGUGCCCCCGGCCAGCCAUCCUGCUAACGUCAGCAGCAUCAGCCAUCACACCUCCCAACAUCAGCGCUGCCAGCCUCAGUGGGGAGGCCGGAGGGGGGCCCGUCAGCAGCGUGUUGACAUCCAGCCCCACCAGCACGGGAUGCAAGCCAGAUGAAAGGAAAAAUGAAAAGGUACCGCGUGGUGGUGUCUUACCCGCCCCAGAGCGAGGCAGAGAUCGAGCUGAAGGAGGGAGACAUCGUCUUUGUGCACAAGAAGCGCGAGGACGGCUGGUACAAGGGGACCCUGCAAAGGACCGGCCGCACGGGGCUCUUUCCAGGCAGCUUCGUGGAGAGCUUCUGAGGCUGUGCUUUCCCCCUGCUCCCAGGGACAGAGGCCCCAGGACGCCCAGUGAGCCCAGGGUGCGAGGUCCUGCCUCCACCGCCAUCCCGGCUGGGAGCACCUCCCUCCAUGUGAGCUGUAAGGAUACCUUGGAGAGAAGAGGACACUGAGACACAGGGAUUUGCUGGCCAAGGCAGCUCCUGUUGGCCACCGGGGCUGGCCAGAGGUUGCAGAAGGGCCGUAGGGCUGGGAAGGCGGGCGCUGCCUGAGCGUCCCGAGAGUGUUGUUCUGGGCCUCACAUGGGUCGCCUCUCUACAUACCUCAGUCACUGCUACCUGGCCAUUCAGCAAGGUGUUCCCGGCACAGGGGGCUUCAGCGGGGGCUGGCGUCCUGUCACAGCUCCUGUUGGGGGCACACAGGGCCCACUUGGCGUGGGCGCCUGCCUCUCUUGCCACCACGUCCCUUUGCAUUGCUCCCUGCUUACAUAUUUUUACGGAAAGUUGUUAGACUCUGUAUUUCUAAUAGGUCAUACAUUGCCUAUUUUUCAUACAUCUGGUGCUGCCUCUUUGUAAAAUCAGUGAUGACUUGGUUGAGCUUGAAAGAAAAAAAUGUCUGAGGCGACAUCACCAGGGCAGGAUUUUUAUAUGUACCACGCGAAUUUUGGAGAACUCCAAAGAGCCUGCGUCUUCCCCUCACCACGUCGGCUCCUGCUCCAUGGAUAAGAGGGGGCUUGAAAAAAGCCACUUUUUAAAAACCCUUUCUAAAGACCUGCACUACAUCACAACUUUGUCGUUAUUAUCUAAGAACUGGCAACAAAUGGAGGAAAGGUCACUGUAAUGGUCUUUUGUGUGGCUGGAAAAAGAACAGGAAGGUGGACCCAGCCUGGCAAGGCAGAAUUUUCCUUUUGUUGUUUCAGGGAGAAUGACUACAGUCAGCAUUGUCAAAAUAUGAUUUCUAAUUAGUGAAAUGUGCAAUUUUUACCACAGUUCAGAUUUACCACAUUGUGAGGGUUUUGUCUUUUUUUUUCUUAAUAAGUAACUGCUCCCUUAUCAGGUGGUACCAACCUUGGUCUAGAGACGAGAGGUGCGAGGAGGGCGUGGGUGAUUGACGGCAUCUCUGCAGACCUGCGGAGUCAGAGGAAGCUGGGGGCAGACAGGAGGAGGGGCCCCCUCAGGUGGGUUCCAGCGGCCACUUCCACAGCAGACCUCAGGAACCGGGUCACCCAGCAGCCUCAUUCUCAAGAGGUUCACGCCUUAGGAAUACGUUCUUAUCAGCUCGGAGUCACAGUUCGUAAACCUUUCUCUGUAUAUUUUUGCAAAACCACUCCAACUUAGAUUAGGCUGAAUAUUUAGCCUUUAGGAACUUAGGGUCUCCCUGGUUUUCAGGAAUGGAAUGAAAUUCAGAAACCCAUUCCCUUGCUGGGCACGGUGCCUUUGAAAUACGGAGCAUCCGUUUUCGGGGUUCCUGUUCCGGGAUGUGACUUGGCUAUUUGUUACUGCCUGGUGGCUGCUGUGCCGGUGGGAUCAUGCCUGAGAAAGUCUCUUUUCCUCUCUCCAGAUGAUAAUUGAUUUAAUAAAUGAGAAAUUUGUUCUGAAUCAAAGAAAACAAAACAGUUUAAACAUAGGAGCCCUGUGUAUGGAGUUACAACAACCAGAAGGUGUCCAUGUGCCAGCAGUUGCUGAAUUAGUUGCCCACCAUGCACAAAAUCAUGAGCGUGUUUAAAAUCAUGUUAUCACCAGAAGCAUGUGUUGAUUAACACGUGAGUGAAACGUGUGCUCUCUAGUGAAACCAAAACUAACUCAAACCCUAAAUAAAAAGGAAAGUCUUUUUUUUUCUUAUUAAAGGAAGGUAGUCACCAAGCAGCAGAACAGACUCAUUUGGACCUUAUUUCCUCUCUGGCCACCACCCCCAGGACACCCACAGAGCUAGAACUUGCCGAGCCGCCUGUGACAGUGGGCCCCCAUCCUUCACAGUGGAAAGCUGGGAGUCCAGGUGCCCAGCGGGCACCAACUGGCCCUCCCUCGGCAGUCGGGGUGGACACUGCAACAGCUGUGGGAAGGACAGGGUGAUGCCAUGACCCGGCCAGCACCAGGGCAUCCUUUCAGGGCUGCAAGAGCUCCCAUGCAGCCCCCGAGAGCAGGCAGUGCAGCAGCAGCCCCCGCAUUUGGGUCUGAGUGUUUCCAGACAUGUUUGUCAUGCAUCAGCUUUCACGGCCAUCUAGCCUGCAGACAAGAGCAGGUCCAGAAUCAGACAUGUCUUCCAGGCCAUCCUGCCCAUUCUGGCUACUAGGAUGGAACCCACAUAUUGUCUGAACACUCACAUUCCAUCCUGGCCCAGCAACUUACACUCUCAGUUGUGGGGGGCAUUUGGCAGCCAAGGUCAUGUACUCUGAGGAGUGCGGUAGAGUCCAGAGCCACCACCGAGUGAGGUCAGGGGACACCCGGGUCACCAAAGGGCCACAGAGGCAGAGAGAUGGCGGGCACUUCCCCAGCAGCCUGUGGCAUGAAUGCCAGGCUCUGGAGCCCCAAACAAGCUUAGCUGACUGGUUGGGAAAUUCUUUGUACUUUGCACAGAUCACACACACCCUGCUGUUGUUACACACAAAUGUCAGCGUGUGAUUUGGAAGGACUGACAGUGAUGACAAAGUGCCAUGCCUGUGUUUCUGAGACUUCAAAUAAAAAUGAACAUGGA